AGUUGCGGACAAUGUAGCUUGAGUACAGACGCGCCUCAUUCGCUCCUAACUCGACUGAAAUUAAAUUUUAUAGAGCUUGAAUAUCAAUCAAUCACCAUAAAACUUUUACCUCAAAAACGUGUUCAAAGCAUCAUCAAUAACAUACAGCGCACAGGACUCCUAGACAAAGUGAAAUUGAAGCGACGAGUUCAUAGGAGCAGAUCAAACUUCCAACAAUACAUUAAAUGACUUCCUGAACCUCAACUGAUUCCAUCUAACAUGACGAUGGAUAUCAAAAUACACGACUACUAUGUGCCACUACUGGAAAACGUUGCGACGGCUCUCCAAAGAGGGUUGACUGAAUCCUUUGCGGAGGUUUUAGUGAGAGUGGAAGAUUGCCCCGACUUAACAAAGGCACCAUUUUAUCUUGCUGCAGAAGGUCUUUCAGGAUCGGCUCGUAUCUGUGACGUUGGGGGAGUUCCCUACUUGAUACCAGUAGCGCGGCCUGAAAAACGUUAUAACUACGAAGAGAUCGCUCUCUUGGCUGGCGUGCCGGAUGGUUUCUUUGUCGGUGCCGGUGCAGGUCCCUGCCAUGUUAUCGGUACGAAUUCCGAGUUAAUGCCAAAUAUCAAAUGUGGCGGUAAUUCAGGAAACUUGACAAAAAACAAAACUUAUUACGCCCGCAUUCGUGAGGACGGGAGUCACCUUGUGGAGAAAGUGCCUCACGGAUCAGCCGAUUUCAGUUUAAUGGGAAAUGUCUUUCUAUCGGAGGGAAAACCAGGCAAGGUUCUUCAUCUUCAUUUAAAGAAGCGAACGGGACCUGAUAAUUUAACCACGUCGAUUCGUAAAAUUCUUCUAAAGGAGUUUGGGCCUGAUAGGCCUGUUGGUUUGGGUGGGGUAUUCCUCAUUACGAAAGGAAAAGCUAAGUUGCAUAUUAUGCCAGGUUUUUCGAAGGAUCCGCUUACUAACAAUGAAGAUGUUGAAAAAUGGCUGCACUUUUUUGAAUUCUCCGCGCCACUCAUUUGUCUUUCCGUCAUGUCGUCAUACGAUUCGGGCUGGGACUUGCGUAUCGACCACACGCACUGCUUCAGCACCCACGGAGCAGGGGGACAUUACCACAAUGAUACCACCCCGGAAGAAACGGAAUACGACUGUUGGUUUAACGUUGCUGAAAAAAUGGUCAGAAUCGAUCAGCCGAAGGAGACACAUCAGAUCGGACGGGACUAAGAUUCAGGAUAACUAUCUAUAUCACACAAUCGGUCAGCGAUUUUUCGUAUUGUGUUAGAAAAUGUGCAUUUCAAAUUAAACACUGACUUAAACAUUGGAUCUACGUGAUUAUAGAAGUUGCUCUUGAGAAUCCUAUUUUUCUAAUAUACUAAUAAAAUUAGAGAUUUGCAUAUGAAUAAAACCUACCG